CACUGACUCAGUUUUAGUGCCUCUUUAAAAUCUCUGCAGAGGCAGCUUUACACAGAAGCUUCCGUCUUCACCAUGAGCCCCUGGCAGCCCCUACUCCUGGUGCUCUUGGCUCUAGGCAGCAGCUCUGCCGCUCCUCACCAGCGCCAGCCGACUUUUGUGGUCUUCCCCAAAGACCUGAAAACCUCCAACCUCACGGACACCCAGCUGGCAGAGGAGUACCUGUACCGCUAUGGUUACACCCGGGCAGCCCAGAUGAUGGGAGAGACGCAGUCCCUGCGGCCCGCCUUGCUGAUGCUUCAGAAGCAGCUGUCCCUGCCCCAGACUGGUGAGCUGGACAGUGAGACACUAAAGGCCAUUCGUUCACCACGCUGUGGUGUCCCGGACGUGGGCAGAUUCCAAACCUUCAAAGGCAACCUCAAGUGGGACCAUCAUAACAUCACAUACUGGAUCCAAAGCUACACUGAAGACUUGCCGCGAGACGUGGUCGAUGACUCCUUUGCGCGUGCCUUCGCGGUGUGGAGCAAGGUGACACCACUCACCUUCACCCGCGUGUAUGGGCGCGAAGCGGACAUUGUCAUCCAGUUUGGUGUCGCGGAGCACGGAGAUGGGUAUCCCUUCGACGGCAAGGACGGUCUUCUGGCACACGCUUUUCCCCCUGGCGCUGGCAUUCAAGGAGAUGCCCAUUUCGACGACGAGGAGUUGUGGACGCUGGGCAAAGGCGUCGUGAUCCCCACUUACUAUGGAAACUCAGAUGGUGCCGCGUGUCACUUUCCCUUCACCUUUGAGGGGCGCUCUUAUUUGGCCUGCACCACCGACGGCCGCAACGACGGCACGCCUUGGUGUAGCACGACAGCUGACUAUGACACGGAUGGCAAAUUUGGUUUCUGCCCCAGUGAGAGACUCUACACGGAACACGGCAACGGAGACGGCAAACCCUGUGUGUUCCCAUUCAUCUUUGAGGGCCGCUCCUACUCCGCCUGCACCACUGCAGGCCGCUCGGAUGGUUACCGCUGGUGCGCCACCACAGCCAACUAUGACCAGGAUAAGCUGUAUGGCUUCUGCCCUACCCGAGUGGACGUGACCGUAGUUGGGGGCAACUCGGCGGGAAAGCUGUGCGUCUUCCCCUUCGUCUUCCUGGGCCAGCAGUACUCUACCUGUACCAGCGAGGGCCGCAGGGAUGGGCGCCUCUGGUGCGCGACCACAUCAAACUUCGACACUGACAAGAAGUGGGGUUUCUGCCCAGACCAAGGGUACAGCCUGUUCCUGGUAGCAGCGCACGAGUUCGGCCAUGCGCUGGGCUUAGAUCAUUCUAAUGUGCCAGAAGCGCUCAUGUACCCCAAUUAUCACUACCGCGAGGACUUCCCUUUGAAUAAAGACGACAUAGAGGGCAUCCAGUAUCUGUAUGGUCGUGGCGGUAAGCCUGACCCAAGGCCUCCAGCCCCCACAGCUAAACCGCAGCCGACAGCUCCUCCCACUGUGUGUCCGACCUUACCUCCCACGGCCUAUCCCCCAGUGGGCCCCACAGGUGGCCCUACCGGUGCCCCCUCACCUGGCCCUACCGGCGCCCCCUCACCUGGCCCUACAGACGGCCCCUCACCUGGCCCUACCGGCGCCCCCUCACCUGGCCCUACAGACGGCCCUUCAGCUGACCCUACCGGCGCCCCCUCACCUGGCCCUACAGCUCCCCCUACUGCUGGCUUUUCUGAGGCCUCUACAGAGGCCUUGAGUCCAGCAGACAACCCUUGCAAUGUGGAUAUUUUUGAUGCUAUUGCUGUGAUCCGGGGCUCUCUGCAUUUCUUCAAGGACGGUCGGUACUGGAGGUUCCUGGACCGCAGAGGAAGCCCACUACAGGGUCCCUUCCUUAUUUCCCGCACAUGGCCAGCUCUGCCUGCAGUGCUGGACUCAGUCUUUGAAGAUCCACAGUCCAAGAAGAUUUUCUUCUUCUCUGGGCGCCAAAUGUGGGUGUACACAGGCAAAUCGGUGCUGGGCCCCAGGAGUCUGGAUAAGUUGGGUCUAGGCUCAGAGGUAACCCACGUCAGCGGGCUUAUCUCCCGUCACGCCGGGAAGGCGCUGCUGUUCAGCAAGGGUUAUGUCUGGAGAUUCGACUUGAAGUCUCAGAAGGUGGAUCCCCAGAGCGUCACUCGCUUGGAUGUGGAGUUCUCUGGUGUGCCCUGGGACUCACACGACAUCUUCCAGUACCGAGACAAAGCCUAUUUCUGCCACGGCAAGUACUUCUGGCGUGUGGGUUUCCAAAAUAAGGUGAACCAGGUGGACCACGUGGGCUACGUGGCCUACGACCUCCUGCAGUGCCCUUGAAUGACAGCUCCUUUGCCUCAGCGGUGCGGUGCGAGUCUCUAAAGACCACCCCGAAGGAAAGGAGCUAGCUGACCGGAUACAAUCUGGGAAGGAGUGGAGGCGGGCAGGGCCCUCUCUGAACGCUGUCCUUUCUUGUUGGACUGUCUCAAAUAAAGACGGAUCCCCCAACCUUUGCCAG